AUGGACAAAGUCACUCACUUCACCGAGUCAUUGCAGCAGGAUGAGAUGAUCACCAUACAGCCGCAGGAUUCGGACGAGAUCUUCUUAGUCCCGCGAGCCCUUCUCAUUCAGGCGUCCGAGUACUUCCAGAAAGCUCUAAAGGGUCACUAUGCAGAGACUGAACGGCGUGUUCUACGACUUCCCGGCUGCGACACCCCCACGUUACAACUCUUUCUAUACUGGCUCUACCGCAGAACCCUUCCGUGCUUCGGAGAAGCCCAAUCAAUCCUAUACGUCAAGCACGGCGCCAAAAGCGACAUCGCCUUGAAAGCUGCAAUCGAUCAUCAGAUCAAGCUAUUCAGGCUGUGGGGCUUCGCCGAGGCGUACCUACUCCCACGGCUGCAGAACGAGACAAUGGAAUGUCUGUGUGACUUCUUGAUGUUCCACAGGCUACAGCCGGCAGCGGCCCAUGUUACAUUCGAGGUGUCUGGCAGAGAUCUCCUGGCGCACUUCUGCGUGAAGCAGGCGGCAAACGACUGGAGAAGCAGCUACUAUGACGAGGACGAUUUGACAUUGCUGGGCGGCAUACCGGGUUUCAUGAGCAUGAUGCUGAAUUCGAUCGAAGACUCCUUUGUCGAAGACCAGCAGAUCGCAGUCGCUCUCGAGGGUAGCACUCGACGCUUCUCCAUCUCCAAAGCACUGCUGUGCAGCGCCUCCGACUACCUUCGCAAGGCCUUGGACGGCGGCUUCAAGGAGACCUCUGAGAAAGUACUGCACCUCCCUGGAUGCGAUGAGCAGACCCUUCGCCUUUUCCUCUACUACAUCACCAAGCUCGACAUUCCAGAUUUCGGUGCUAUCUUCGAAGAGUUCCCGAAGCCGGCGAGCCGAGAGGAUGCGAAGAUUCGUGCCGCCGAGUUCCAGACCGCGCUCGUUCAGCUCUGGUCUUUCGGCGACGCUUACCUGAUGCCAAAGCUGCCGAACCUCGCGAUGAUUGGUCUGAUCAAUCUGGUCAAGAAGUGUCCGGUCACGGUCGAAGCCGCCAAGAUUGCGUUCCAGGUCACCAAGGACGGUCCGCUGCGAGACUUCUUCGUCUGGGAGGCGAUCUACGACUAUGAGAUGCGUGAACUGUCGCCCACGGAGUUGGACGAGUUCGGUGCUGUGCCUGGAUUCGUACCUGAGAUCUUUGAGCAUAUGCACAAAGUCGUCGAGAUCGACAGCGCAUAUUGUUCAGAGUUGAUACCAUCGCAGUCUUCUCGCCACGACGGUUUUCUUGUGAAGGAAGCAUGA